AUGCGAACAAGAAGAUGGCAAGAAGAGGGAAGGCAAGAAGAGGGAAGGCAGAGAGAAGGCAGAGAGGAAGCGCACGCGGUUAUUUGUUUUAGCGAAGCCACUUUAGUUCUUACUCUAAGGGGUAAGGAUGCCGGGGGCGGGAAGCUUGUACCCUCUUGGGGCAAGCCUUUCGGACAGAAACCACAUGCAAGGACAUACGAUUGCCGGGCUCAUAACUGUGAAGCUAUGUGGGGCACCAAAGACAUGAGGAACUGGAUUGUAUUGCUAAAGGAGGGCAACUACGGGCAGCAGUACGCCAAAGGAGUGUUGGUGGCUAGCGCAUGGAGAGCUCCGUAA